UUUGUGGAGGAAUUGGACUUGGAUGCGUUCGGCUUCCUUGAUCCGGGGCAAGUGAUCCGAGGAGCCCAUCUUAUUCCUGCGUUUGCCUCGAAACGUGGUACAAGCACGCUUCGCCAUGGAAAAUCAUUGGCACGUCCGAUGGGGGAGCUCGACGACUGGGAGGAAUACUAUGUUGGGAUAUUUGUUGAUAGGGAUAUGUUUGUACGUUACACUCACCUCGGUAUUGGACAU